AUGAGUCGGGAUAAGAUGGUAUUUUUAGGCCCCGAUGAUUAUAAGGAAUUCAUUCAUCAUGUAUUCGAAAUGUUCGACUUUGAUGGGGGAAAUUGCGUAGAUCUUGAACUAUUUAAAACGUUUGUUGGUGCCUUAAGUCAAAGAAAGUUUAUGGAACCGAAAUUGGAAAAAGCAAUAGAGCAAUCAGGAAGAGAUGGCUUAAGUUACGAAGAAUUUAUUUCACAAUUUAUGAAAUACUUCUCGAAUUGGAUAGGAAAAGUAACACCCGACCUAGAAUUUGCUUUUAGCAAAGCUUCGUCUGAUGGACUGAUAUCAUUAGAAUCUCUACAAAAAGCAAAUCAAGAUAAUAAUUUAGGAUAUACUGAACAAGAACUAAAGGCAAUGAUACGAGAAUUCGAUUCAGACAAAGAUGGAAAAGUAACCCUUGAUGAAAUAAAACAAAGAUUCCAGGCCAAUGAUAUUCAAGUUACGAUUGAAAAACCAGAACUACCAUUAACAGCCCCAACAAUUAAAAACUAA